AUGUUUGCACAACAAGACACUGUGACAUUUGAAGAUAUUGUAAAUCUACCACAAGUAGAAGAAGAACUAUGGAAAAGAGCUAUGGACGAGGAAAUGAAAUCUAUGGAAGUUAACGAUGUCUGGGAUCUACAAAGUUUACCCCCCCCCCCUGAUAAAAGAGCCAUUUCCUACAAAUGGGUUCUACGUAAAAAACGAAAUGGAACUUACAGAGCCAGGCUUGUUGCUCGUGGCUUUAUGAAAAAGGAAGGCAUAGACUAUACAGACACUUUUUCUCCAGUAAUUAGUAUGUGCUCUUUGCGUUUAAUCCUGGUAAUUAUCAAUAAUGAAGGUUUGCAAACUUCUACUUUAGAUGUCAAGAUAGCUUUCUUGAACGGUUAG